UCCAACUACUCCGUCGAGUACUCAGCUCUUUCUGCGCCACCAUGGACGAUGCUAAAAAUCUGCUUUUGCUCUUCGAACGGCCUCAAGAACCAGUUUUUAUGCCCAAAGGGGACACGAAGAAGAAGAAGGUCAUCUUAGCGCCUCAACAGCUCUUAAAUGAAAAACAUAAAUCAUACGGCCCUGUAGUCGCUAGUAGGUUGGGUGAAAGGAAUGAAACUAUAACAGUGCCUGAAAUAUCUAUUCCUCCUCUUGAUGAUUUUAUGGUAUUGAAAAAGGACGAAUUUUUUUCGCUAUUCAUCGACAAGCACAGGAUACUUGCUGGAAAACUCAUUGACAUCUUCAUUAGCGUGAGAACAAUAGGCCACUUGAUGGCUGUUGGAGUCUAUGCCCGCGAACAUCUCAACCCCCAACUUUUCAGCUACGCUUUCGCUGUAGCCCUUCUUCACAGGGAAGACACGAAAAACCUACCAGUGCCAUCCAUUGUCCACCAUUUCCCUGACAAAUUCGUCGAAAACAGGGUAAUUGGUAGAGCGAGAGAGGAAGUUACAAUUGUUCCUGAAGAAAACAGGACUCCCAUCGAGAUUCCAAAAGAUUACACUGCUUCCGACUUGGACGAGGAGCAUCGCCUCCAUUACUUCAGAGAAGACAUCGGUGUGAAUCUUCACCAUUGGUACUGGCAUCAGGUCUAUCCAACUCAGGGACCAAGAGCGGUUAUUGAUAAGAACAGAAGAGGAGAACUGUUCUACUACAUGCAUCAGCAGAUCAUCGCUAGAUAUAAUUGUGAACGCCUGGCAAACAACCUCAAACGUGUAGCUAAACUCAGUGAAUGGAAUGAACCGAUCAAGGAAGCUUAUUUCCCGAAACUAGACCGAAUGGUGUCCAAGAGGUCUUACGCAUCAAGAGUUGCGAACACGAAACUGGAGAAUUUGCGCCGAACCGUCGACGCGUCUUUCGUAGAUAUUCAGGAUUUGGAAAGAUGGAGGGAUACUAUUUUGGACGCUAUCAAUAGAGGAAUGGUGCAAGAUAGAAAUAAUAAAAAUGUUCCUUUGGACGAGUUUGGUGGUAUUGAUAUUUUAGGCAAUAUAAUUGAAGCCACUGACUUAUCCAUCAAUCCACAGCUGUACGGAAAUCUUCAUAAUCAAGGCCAUAAUUUGAUUUCGUUGAUUCAUGACCCCGACCACAGACAUUUGGAAGAACCAGGUGUAAUGGGAGAUGUCGCAACAGCAAUGCGUGAUCCCAUUUUCUACCGUUGGCAUGCUUUUAUAGACAGUAUUCUGCAGAAGUUCAAGGCUACGCUACCAAGAUAUUCGGAAGAUAGACUCAACUAUCCAGGAAUCCAGGUGACUGGCGUCCAAGUCAAAUCCGACGGAGCUGGUGAAAACACCCUGAACACCUUCUGGCAAAAAUCCGACAUCAACAUCUCCAAUGGCCUAGACUUCCAGAGUACAGGCGACGUGUUCGUUAGGGUCACCCACCUGCAGCACCAAAAUUUCAGAUACGAGAUCACCGUGAAUAACACUACAGGCAUGGCGAAGUCAGGAACCUGCAGGAUUUUCUUAGCUCCCAAGUUCGACGAGAGGGGCAACCCCUGGAACUUCCAAGAGCAGAGGACUCUGUUCAUGGAAAUGGACAAGUUCAAAGUUGAUUUGACUCCUGGAUCCAACACCAUAAUGCGCCUGUCCACUCAAUCUUCUGUUACCAUUCCAUUUGAGCGGACCUAUCGUGACGCGGCCCAGCGUCCAAAGGACGAUGCGGGAAUUGCCGAAUGGAACUUCUGCGGCUGCGGUUGGCCCCAGAACAUGCUGGUGCCGAAAGGAAGACCUGAAGGAAUGCAAAUGGAGCUGUUCGUGAUGAUUUCGAACUACGACGAUGAUAGGGUUGACGUCCAGUUCAACGGCAAAUGUGACGAUGCUUACAGCUAUUGUGGACUGAAGGACAGGCUUUACCCUGACCGCCGUUCCAUGGGUUAUCCAUUCGAUAGGCAGGGCAGAGACGGUGUUAAGCGGCUUCAGGAAUUCUUGACUCCCAACAUGAGAGUGACCAACGUUAACAUUAAGUUCACCGGCCAAACCUUCGUAAGACAACCAUAGGCAUAAAGGGUGCUUGGAAUGGCGGAGUGUAGGGAACCAUAGCUGACUAGUUUAAGAGUUGUUUGCCUUAUGUUAAUUAAAAUAAAUAGAGGAUGUAUUCAAA